AUGAAUGGCAUUAAAAUCUUGUCGCUGAAUGGCUCCAUGAGGCUCAUGGCAUGUCAACAGGUGGUUGAGAAAUUCCUUCAUCCCGAUUCAGAUGUUCGUGUGCUUCUCCUCAGCCAGGUAGGUAGCUCUGGGCUUAACCUGAUGAGAGCUUCUGUCAUCAUCCUCUUUGAUAUUGGUUGGACUGCCAUUCAAGAAGAACAGAUGAUCGGUCGUGCCCAUUGUCAUGGGCAAAAGGAAACCGUUUACAUCUUUCGCCUUAUCGCGACAGACACUAUUGACGUCUUGAUGGCUCAACACUCUGGUUCAAAAGCCCAGCAGCUUCAGCAUUUCUUCAAGAAGCCUGAUUUUAAUGUCCGUCGAAACAGGAAGGCAUUCCGGCUGCUGUACAAUUGUGAUGUACCAGCAGAUGCUCCUGCUGCAGCUGAUGGAGAAAGCGAUAACGAUGAUGACGAGAGCACCCAGGAAAGUGCCGUUGAACAGCCUCCUGCAAAAAAACACAAGACAAAUAGCAAGAAAACGGCGAAAACAAAGGAAGUAGAUGUCAUCAAUGAAUCCCGCCAUCGUCGUAAAGUGCCAAAGAAGGUGCCAGAGGAUGGAAACAGGGAGGGAGCUCCUGCUACCAAGGUACAGAUGACGAUGCAGAGAGGAUCCAUAGAUGAGGCUGGACCGUCGAAGGCUGGACCAUCGAAUACCCAGUCAAAGCCCAAGCCCAAGCCCAAGCCCAAGCCUAUCACAAAGCCAGCACCGAGCGCACCACAGAAUCCCAUCGAGGAGGGUAAUGCACAACCUGCUCAAUGUGAAUCUCAGCCCUCGGCCCCCUCCACUCCAUCAUCCCCUCUUCCUCAUCCUGUCAUCCCUUUCUCCACCCCUGCAGUUAUACCACCACCAGGGCGUGGAAUGACUGCCAUCACUGCCCCCUCCAGCGAUAUUAUCUCGACACCAGAUGCUAAUGAACCAAUUAGCAAUGACGAGAUAGAAAGCUAUGGGGGCACUGCUAGCGGUGGUGCUUCACAACCUCUCGACGAUCUCCUUGACUUCGAUGAUCUAACUCCUCUGUCUUCCAAUGCCCCCUCAUCUCCAUCGACACCAACCCCAUUGCCUGGCAGGAAGAAGUCCAUUUCAACUGCACCAACAG